AGCGGUAAAAAAUCUGUUAAUUGCUUCCAUGUUCAAAAUAUCGUCUUCUUCUUCACUCUUCAGAGUUCGAGAAGCCGUUUAAUCAAAAAUCUUCAAUUAUUAGAUAAGAAAGCACAGAAAAAAAAAAAAAAAACCAUUUUUUUUCUGCGAUCAAGCAACAAAAAAAAAUGGGGCAAUCAUCAUCGACGGAGCACAACGUAUCACCGGAACUGCGCGAGGUACAAUCACUUGCUGCAUCCACUGGAUCCCUCCCCUCUCUGCAGAAGGCAUUUUCGCUUCUCUCCGAUCCCCAAACUAAUUCAAUUCCACUCCACUCUUUACAGAAAUGUUUCGAUUUUAAUUUCGACAACUUCGAAUCUGAUCAACAAUUGUUACAUAAGGACUGCUCUGUGUUCUUCACACAUUUGGGUUCUGCAAUAAUCGACUUAUUUUUUGUGACCGAUAAAGACGGAGUAAAUUGGUUGGAGUUCUUGAGAGGAUACACGAAAUGUUGCGGAAGAAUGGUUGCUUCCUCAUUAUUCAAUAAUUUAUUCCAAGUAUUUUCCACAACGUGCUCGAAAGCUGGACUUUCAGUUGAUCUGCAGUUCGAGAAAUUUGACGAUGAUUGUAAAAUUAACGGGACUUUAUCCGCCCAAGAUAUUGUUACACUCCUUUCGGUUUGUUGGAUAUUUUCAUGGGAUUCUAAGACAUUGAAAUCGAACACGGGAAAAACCGAAGGAAAAUGCAUUCUUCCGGAUAUUUCUCAUUUGGUAUUAUCAGCUAUAGAAUCGUGUGCUGAAGAUGGGCUUGAAUUGAAUUUUUGGGAUUCCGUUGUUUCAGAAAUGGAAAUUCGACUUCCUGCCUCGAAAAUUCAUUUAUGGGCGUUGAAGAAUAUACCAAACCUCGCCGAUUGCUUUGUACAGUUUGUCUAUGCAAGACUCUGCCACCUCACAACCGACGAGGAUAAAUCGGAGCCGUCUUGUUCUUCUGCUCAAGAAAGCUCCACGUCAGCAAUUUCCGAAGCUACCCUUUUGACUUGUGGAUGGGCGUGGGCCAUCUCACUGACCUUGAGAGGUUCUGUAUGUGAAGAGAUAUCAAGAAUUUGCUUCCCAAACGACAUUGAUGAAAUAAAUCAGAACCUACUUUAUCGGUCAUCUGUUCAUGGGAAAGGACUCAAUCGAUUUUGGUCAAAUGUCGAGGGGUACAAUGGUCCAUUACUAGUACUUAUUGCUGCAGCAUGUGAGGAUGGAGAUAAUACACGGAGAUGGGUUAUCGGUGCACUUACUCAUCAGGGUUUUGAAAAUAAGGACUCGUUUUAUGGAACUUCUGGCAGUUUGUAUGCUUUAAGCCCAGUCUUUCGUGCAUUAACAACCUCCGGAAGAGAGAAAAAUUUCAUCUAUAGCCAUUUGCAUCCAACUGGUCUGUACGAUGCACAUCCAAAACCGGUGGGAAUUGCAUUUGGAGGAAAUAUUGGAAAUGAAAGAAUAUUUAUUGACGAGGAUUUUGCAAAAGUUACUGUACGCCACCAUGCUGUUGAUAAAACGUACCAGCAUGGCGCCCUUUUCCCCAAUCAGGGAUACUUACAAGUUGAAGCAUCGGUUUUAGAAGUGGAGGUAUGGGGAUUAGGGGGAACGGGUUCUAUAGAGAUUCAAAAUUCUCACAGAAAAAGAGAACAGCUUUUUACGGAUCAAAGGCGAAAGAUUGACCUGAAAACUUUUACCAAUUGGGAAGAUUCGCCUGAGAAGAUGAUGAUGGAUAUGAUGUCUAAUCCAGGUGCCGUUAGGCGCGAAGAAAGAUAAUUAUACGAUAUUCGUAAAUAUGUCGCACAUUAAUCGAGAUAUAUGUUUUUUUGGUGUGGAUUUGUGUAAUUAGAUAUGAUUUUAAAUUAUCGUUUUCGUUGGGGGAUGCUAUCCUUUUUUGUUUGCAAUGUUCUUCGUUUGAAAGUGAGUGACAAUAAUCGUGCCUCUGAGGGGAUCGGUGCUAAAUAAAUGUUUUGCUUGUUUUCUGUGACUGAA